GCGCAGGCUGGGUCACGUCCCACCCUCGCAGGGUGCCUUUUGCAAGGUGCUGCUCCUCGACAAAUUACAGCUCCCAGCCUGUCAAGGUAGAUAAGAGACCAUGUGAUGCAGCCCGGCAGUAGACGGGUGGCACCGUAGGGUGAAGGUGUGCAGCGCGGAGCGGAGCGGCAGGCGGGGAAGCCACGCAGCAGGGGGGAAAGGAAAAGAGAGGCGCCAGCAAGCCAGGUAGCCGGUCGCUUUGGCUCCUGUGGCCAGGUUCUUCGUGGCGGAUCUAACUCCUGUCUUGAUGCCCUGAAGAGUUUGCCAGACUCCUGGAGACAACGCAGAGACGCAGAGUCCGAGAGCAGAGAUCAGCAUGUCCUUUAGCAGAAAGAACUGGUCUGCGCUUUCCAGCCUGGCCCAGCAAUGGAAUGCAGAAGAUGAGGAAGAACAGGAAAGGGAACGUCGACGAAGACACCGACAGUUGAGUUCCAGUUCUGAUGCCAAGCAGGAAACGUCCACUACAGAGCAAAAUGUUACCUGUCAAGUACCAAAUAGGUUCCAUAAUUCCUCCGUGGUAAAGCCAUCAAAGUUGAAGAACUCGAUAGUAGAGAAUAAGGGGAAAUUGGUAGAGACACUUGCAAUAAAUAAGCAGGACAAUAGAAGGAUGAGGUGGAAGGCAGAGAAUUUAAAUAAUGUGAAACAAAGUAAAAAGGAGACCGUGAAUGACAGGAAGUUGGAAGCUGAUGAAGGGAAAACAAAAUCUGUCUCAGAACCAGUUCAGGAAAAGAAAGAUCCAAAACCAGAAAAAUGCAAGGACCUGGAUCAGCAGAAAAACCCUACAGAAAAAAAAUCUCAAAACGUGCGUGUGAUAAAGAGGGGGCCAAUAUUGGAAAAACAUGAAAACUUGGAGCAGGAAGAGAAACCCCCAAGACUAACUAAGGAUCACCAUCUGGACGAGAAACUGAAGGUUCAGAAUGCACAUGAGUCCCCCAAGGCGCCUACAAUCCAGAAUGAGGCAUCAGAGCAACAGCCUCAGCAAGCUGCUCGGGAACAACGUAAGAGCAUCAGUCGACUUGAAGUGAAGAUUAACUCAAGAGUACAGCUCAACAGCACAGAAGCCUCUUCACCUGCAACUGCCUUCGUCCCACAGGCUGCAGAAAGAAGUAUUCAUAAGAUUGAUGAAGUUGAUGGUGAAGAUGGAUCCGGGGUCUCUUCUUCAGUUUCUCACCCUUUGACUACCUACAGUAGCUCAUUCAAACGAAUCAGUCCAAGGACAAUCUCCUUCCGGGUGGUUCCUCCAAAGGAUAAACAAGUUACACUAAGCAGAAGUGCUAGUAUGAGGCUCCCGGCAAGUACAGCUAAAUUUGGGGAGAAGCUGGAGAAAUAUACAUGUGCUGUGCAGAGAGCAGGGUCGAUUAAAUUGCCUCCCUCUGCCCAGAGAAACUUCCAGCCACCCUCAGAGGGGGUGGCCAGCAAGCGCAACAUAUUUGAAGCCAAUUUUGCUGUCCGGGCUGAACCAAUCACUACUGUUCGGAAGGAGAGUUUGACAGUUCCAGGAGGAGUGUCAUCUCGCAUCAAUCUGUGGAUCAGCCGGUCUCAGGAACCCAGCAAGGAUGAAGGAAUCAAGGAUACUCGGAGAUCUGAGAACACUGCACAGCAAAGUCAGGAGAGGAAAAGGUCCAUUGAUUCUUGAAUGAAAACCUUGAUGGAACACGGCAAGCUAACCUGGAGAAAAUUUAUCUCUGUCUAAAUCAGAGGCCUGGACCACAUGAAAUUCUCUGGCUUCCAUUGGUUUUGGAAUGUUACCUUCCCUAAGGUCAUUUGUCUGGAAAAGAACAUCUGGAAAAGAACAUCUGUCAUCCAAACCUGCCUCCAGUGCCUUUUACAGAUGGGGUUUCUUGAUGCCUUUAAAACUAUUGCUUCUGAUUGGUGGAUGGGAAAGCUGAUAAUUAUGACAUAGAAACUAUAUUACCCGGUUUAUUACUUCCCAGUUGUGCAUUUUCUAGCUCCCAAAUAUCAAAACUUAAAAUUGUAGCAGGAACCUUGAAGAUAUGAAAUACAUAGCACCUAAUAAUUGGAUAGUAUUUGUGCACCUGCCAUGAUAAACGACAUAACAGGGUCCAUGUGUAUCUAACUGCAGCUAGCUUUGUUCAACUUCAGUGAUUUUAUCACAUGGCCAAAUCUGACUGGCUGCAUACCAGUGUGGAUGUUGUGAGGAUGAAGAAGGCCAAAGAAGGUUAACAGAGCACUUGCCGCUGUUGUCUGAAUACAUGGAGCAGGGAAUUGUCUGCCUGAAUAUGUGUUGUGGGGCUCCUAUCUGAUGAUCUCUUCAUCGGAAAAAAUGAACAAAAAGGUCCUUCUAAAAUCACUGACAGCUGAGGAGCAGGAUUUUUAUGCGCAAGAAAACUGUUCCUCUCCCACGAUAGUCCCCUUUGGUUCCUAAGUCAUAACUGAGACAAAUUUCAAUGGUACUUACUCAUAACUAUCUGGAGCUGUGUUGGGGCAGUAGGCUCUUUUAACACUGCAAAUCAUUGGAAAGAAAUGUAGUUUGACCUGAAGAUUUUGAUUUUAUUUGGCUACAUUUACUUAAUUUUAGAUUUGGCGAUUGAGGAGAUAUUUGGCUCUCAGUGUAUUUCAUAAUAAAUAUCAUUUUGGUUCAAAAA